CAAGACCUGAAACUGCAUCAUAGAUCUAAAAACUUAUUUCAAAGAAACCAGCUAACUUGCACCAGCUCCCGGUUUUUUCGUUGACUCAAAAGUAGUUCAAGGUCAGUGGUUGUCGUAGCACCACCACGGUAACUUUUGAAAAAUGCACGAAUGUUUGAGAGCAAAAUGUCAUAUCCUUGGAAGCCCAUAUUGUGGAAAAACAUCAAUUGUUCAAUCAUUUUGUAGUGGUGGCCUGGACUUCCCAAAGAACUAUCUUAUGUCUAAGACGGUUGAAUUCGUUGUAAAAACAAUGACAAUACCAGGAGUGGAUGAAAACAUCGAAUUGUUCUUAUAUAAUAUCCCAGGCAAAGAGGUUUUUCAGGAUCCCAUGAAUCAUUAUAUUAAUAUGACCAACCUUAUCGUUGUUGUUUUUGAUGUAACUAACCAGGAAAGUUUCUCCAGUGCAAAGCUUACCCUGACAGAAUUACGGAAACCUAAUAAUAUACGUAUACCGGUCGUUCUUGUGGGAAGUAAAAUAGACCUUAAAGAAAAGUAUAUCAACAAUGUGGAAGAAGCCCAAGGGUUUGCGGAUGAUCUAGGCAUUCCGUAUUUCGAAGCUUCUGCUAAGGAAGCAGUUGGUAUUGAUGUCCCUUUUCUACAUCUCAUUAAGGAAUAUUAUGAACUGUACAAUGAUGCAGUCAAUGACUAUCAAACUUUAGUAUAAUUACUAUAUAUAUCUUCAAUUGGUGUAACACGUGUUUUUUUUCACUGACGGUUGGGAUGUUUGAUUCUAUGAUGGUUCUUCAAUGAGAAACAGCUUUGGAACAUUUUAGCACUAAACUGCAGUAACCUGAAAGUAAAUGAAUAGUCUUUGGGUGAUAAUGAUGCCCAUAUUAGGUUGUGUCUAUUUCCAUAAUAAAAUGUGAACCCUAGUUGUUGCUGAACAUUUUAUUGUAUUUAUGAUGUUAAUUUGAUCGUUUUAAUUGCUCUGUUCUGUACAAAUUAAGCAUAUUAGAGACAAAUGCCGUUACAUUGAUGUCCUGUAUUCAGACAAAAAAAUCGACAUUCAUGUAGAGUUAAAAACUG